ACAAUGGCCGCUCACCUUUCUGACUCAAUUUUCCCACCUGUUUCUGGUUUCCGCUGGAGUCCCUGGCGACUAACCAUCCAAAAACCUCCCGGAGUUUCUCUCCGUCGGUUCACACAUUCCAAACAUGGAAACACAGUCUUUGAUAGUCGUCGUCAGAACUUGAAGUGGGCACUGAAGCUGAGCUUAGUGGAACAAAUCCCAUCAAAAUCUACUACCUUUGACAUCAAUCGACUAGUAGAGUUCUUGUACGAUGAUCUCCCACAUCUCUUUGAUGAUCAAGGGAUCGAUCGAACCAUGUACGAUGAGCGUGUCAGAUUCCGUGACCCUAUCACCAAACAUGAUACAGUUGAUGGUUAUCUCUUCAACAUUGCGCUCUUGAAGAUACUCUUCCAACCGGAUUUCCAAUUGCACAACGUGAAGCAGACAGGACCUUGUGAAAUAACAACAAGAUGGACUAUGGUAAUGAAGUUCAUGCUUCUUCCUUGGAAACCAGAGUUGGUUUUCACAGGAAUUUCCAUCAUGGGCAUCAAUCCAGAGACCCAAAAGUUUUGCAGCCAUGUGGAUAUCUGGGACUCCAUAGAGAAUAAUGAUUAUUUUUCUGUAGAAGGCUUGUGGGAUGUUAUACGGCAGCUACGUAUUUACAAGACUCCAGAUUUGGAAUCACCAAAGUAUCAAAUCCUCAAGAGAACUGCAAAUUAUGAGGUGCGCAAAUACUCCCCAUUUGUCAUUGUAGAGACAAAAGGAGACAAGCUCUCUGGAUCAUCUGGCUUUAAUUAUGUUACUGGGUAUAUAUUUGGCAAGAAUUCCUCAAUGGAGAAGAUCCCAAUGACUACUCCUGUUUUCACUCAGGCAUACGAUUCUGAACUAUCCAAUAUAUCUAUCCAAGUAGUUCUACCAUUGGAGAGAGAUUUGAACAGUUUGCCAGACACUAGUCAAGAUGAAGUUAGCUUGAGAAAGGUUGAUGGAGGCAUUGCUGCUGUAACAAAGUUUAGUGGAAGACCAACUGAGGAAAUUGUUCAUGAGAAAGAGAAAGCACUUCGCUCUGCCCUACUUAGGGAUGGUCUCAUACCUAAGAAGGGCUGUUUGCUUGCUCGUUACAAUGAUCCAGGGCGGACAUGGAGUUUCAUUAUGAGGAAUGAAGUGCUGAUAUGGCUUGAAGAGUACAAAUUGGAGUAAUGUACAUGUUGGUAUAGCCAUUAUUAAAGAUUGCCUCAUACAGAUCAGUUGUUAAUUCCUCAAGGAAACCAUAAGAGGAUGUUCCAAUGGUUCAUGAUCAAAAGAACAAUGUAUGUAUGCCCCGACAGCAUUGCUUUCCUUGACUCUGUAAAAAGCUGUAGUAAUAUUAAU